CGAAAGCGGUUGUGUUGCGGAUCUGUGUUAAAAUUUAGUGCAAAUAAAACAACUUAAUGUAUCUUCUGCCGCGUUAAAUUAGCAGUGGUUGUGUUCUUCGUGACAACGAAGACAAGUUGAUCUUAUUUUCCCGUGGAAGAGAGACAUAAAUCAGCCAAAACGGAGGCGCGCAGGCUAGCGGAGAUCGCAGCGAUGGAAAAGAAGGCCAAGGAGUCGCUGCGCCGAUACAAGAAGGCCGCCCGCCACAAUGCAACACACUCGAGCAGCUCGGACUCCACGUCGGAUUCGGACAGCGGCAGCAGCUCCUACAGCAGCACGGACAGUGAGCAGGGUGUGGGCGGUGUUGGUGUAGGUGUGGGCGGGCCCGGCAGUGUUCACGGCCACCCGCAUCCCCAUGGUGCCCAUGGCCAUCAUCCACGCUCCGCGGAACGUCAUCAUCGGAAGAAAAAGAGCUCCCGCCGGGGAGGCAGCACCUCGGGUGAUGAACACUCACGCCGUAAGCGCGACAAGAGGGAUCAUGUGCAAAAGAAGUUGGUGGCCAAGCGGAAUCACAUCAAGCGCAAGCUAAAGGAGGCCCGGCUGAAGAAACGUGCUGCCGCUGCCCUCAGUGGCCACGUCCAUCGUUCGCUGUCACCUGCCACGCGUGCCAAGCUCAAGAAACUGGCGGAGCGGAAGAGAUUACGGGCCGCUAGCAAGGAGCAGCGGGAGCGAGAGAAGCUGCGGGCCGUGCAACGAGACCGGGAGCGGGAUCACCAUCGUCUCGGUAGCAGCCGGAGUCCGCCGAGUAGCAGCACCACCACCACCACCAAGAUACGCAUUCACCAGGACAUCGUGGGUAAGCAGCGGCAGAAGAGUCCAGGUUUAGGUCCCGGAGUUGGAGGCGGCGGCUCAUCCUCUCGCAUGCAUCACCAGCUAAUGUCACGAGAGAAAAUCAUUAUCCAGACACGAGCUCGUGGACGCACUCCAUCUCUGGAACGAGAACGAGAGCGGGAGCGGGAACGUGAGCGCGAAAGGGAACGUGAACGCAAUGAUUUCUCCUUAAGGGAGCGAGAUCGUCGGGACCGCGAGCGUGAUCGAGCGGAGCGGGAAGCAGCCAGAGACAAGGAACGGGCCGAAGCUCUGGCACGAUGCCAGGAACGACAGCGAGAGCGCGAACGCUUGGCCCGCGAGAAGCUGCGACGACAAGAGGAUGAGGAGGGCGGCGGCGGCAAGCGGAGUGGUCCUGGACGUGACUUGGAUAUGCCACCAUAUGGCGGCAGCAGGGAACGUUCUUUGGACACCGUGGAAAGAGAACGAGAGCGCGAACGGGGCAGCGGUGGUGGACGCCAUGUGCGAGAUAAAAGAGAAUUGGAUGCAUAUGAGCGAGAGCAGGACUAUCUAGAGGAGCGGCAUGGCCACGGACUGAUGGAUGAAAUGCGUAGAUAUCGGCGAAGGGAAAUAAGUCCACUACCGCCAGAGCAUUAUCCGCCCAGAAUGCGAGAUCCCAGAGAACUGUACUCCGAGGAGGAGCGCGAAAGAGCCUACAAACGUGCUUAUCUGGAUGCUCGGUACUCCUCGCGAGAGCGUGAUGCCUGGCUAGAGGCACGUGAGCUGCGAGAACGUGAGCUAAAGGGACGUGAGUACCGUGAACUAGAGCCUGAGGAUGGCCUCUAUCCCGAUGAGCGAGAGCGCCUAAUCCGCGAGAGGGAACGUGAGCGGGAGCGAGAGCGUGACCGAGAGAGGGAGCGACAUCUGGGACCGCCACGCGGAGACUAUCGACCGGAGUGGGAGCGUGACUGGGAGGAGGAGGGCGGCGGCAGCGGUGGCGGAGGUCCGGGCGGGCCAAGCGGUACACCCGGCCGACCCAGUGGCUUUGUGGGUGGACCCAAACGCGGCAAGCCUCCAUCACAUCCGGUCGGUGGACCGCCAUCGCAACAGCAGCAGCAGCACUCCGCCUCAGAUCCGGACUGGGAUGCCGAUGAACGCGAGAGGGAGCGCGAAAGGGAGAGAGAAAGAGAACGUGAACGUGAACGUGAGCGAGAUCGUGAGGAUCACCAGGACCCUGGCAAUGUCGGCGUUGGAGGGGACAGGCCACCGUCUAUGAAUAUUAAAAACGAACCCACUUGGCUGGAGCACGAUCAGCGGGACAAGCCACGCGCCUGGCAGCAACAGGCAACCUCAAACUCUGGCGGAGAUUGGAGGGACAAUGAUGAUGCCCCACCGCCACCACCAUCUCAUCCACAUCCCGCCUCGCCGCACCAUCAUGUGCAUUCCCGCGGAGACAGAGGCUCUGGCCGUGGUUUCCGACGCGGCGGCCAUGGUCAUGGAGAUCACGGCGAGCGACCCGGCUACAGAUCCCAUCCGCCACCGCUGAUGACGCUGCCAGUGCAGCCACCUGGCGGAUAUUCCCGACCAUUUGCCCACAAACGUUUGCCCUACGGAGCCCGAGAUGGCGGUGGUGGCGCCGGCGGCAGAGAUGGAGGUGGCAUACCCAGCCCCGCCUCUGGUUUUCUCAAGAAGCAUCCACAUCCACCGCUUGCUUCGCCCACGCAAACGCCGCUCUUGAAUCCUCUACUGGGCAACCCAGGAAAGCCCAAUGCAGCUGCCCAAGCGAGUGCCGUGGCUGCUGCUACCACAGCAGUGGCAGCGGCCAAGGCGGCAGCCCAAAGCGCCGCCAAUGCCACCACAAAUCCAGGAAUACUUGCUCAGGUGAGCAAACUGAAUGUGAUGAGCAUCAAGCAGGAGGAAGCCUCUGAGGAUUCAGCAGGCACACCAGAACUGGGUGCACUGGAUGACUCUGCUGCUCCUAAUCUGAACAUGGCUUCUCUGGCAACAGAUCCGGUUAAACUGGAGCCACGUCCCAGCACUGGUGAAGGUGAACUGAGCGAGAUUAGUGACAGUGAUGAUGAUAUCCUAAACAAAACGGACAAGGUGCUGCGUCCCAAGAGUGAGCUGACUGUGGAAAUGGAGCAGGAGGUGGACACCAACGAGGCAGCGCAGGAUGCGAAACCUACCGAAACCAGUCUCAAUGGCGUAGCAGCCAGCCAACCGAUAAAGGUGGAGGAGGUGCUGGACGAAGUGCUGGACUUUGAGGAAAUUUCCGACGGUGAGCUGGAGGAGGAUGCGCGACACAAAGGCAUUGGCGAUGCCCUGGGCGUGGACUGGCAAGGACUGAUAGCGGAGACCCGACAGCAAGCCACCGAUGCUCAGGCGGCCCAGCAGGGCGCCGAUCGUGGCACAUCGGCCAAGCAGCGAUGGCAGCCGCAUCGCGUGCUCCUCGACAUGGGAAUCUCGUUUGGCAUGGCUGGCGAAAGCUAUGCCCGUCGUGUGAUGGAAGAGGCCCGCCAGCAGUUCAUCCAGGAGAAGGAGCAGCGCCAGCAGAGGGACAGGGAGAGGGAACGCGAACAGCUGGAGCAUGGUGAGCAUCAGGAGCCGCCACAGCAGGUGAAGAUCCCAGCACCGCUGCUCGACUACCGUGAAUUCCUAGCCAGUCCCUCGCAACUGGAGCCCUUGGCCUGUGUUCAAAUGGGUUUACGUGACGUGGCCGCCGAACGUCAGCGUCUAGUGGGCAAUGUCUGUGGCCCCGGCAGUCGAGCUUUGAGCGCUCGACAGGAUCUGCGACUACGCCGCCAGCUCUGCGGCCUGCCUGCCCGCGAAUGCGAGUUCCCACGUACAGCUCCGCUAGUGAACGACGGCCUGCGCAACCUGGCACUGCAAAUGUUCCAGCGCAGUCUGCUGGACGUUAAAUGAGAUCCGAUGCCUGACGACAGCGGGAGCGAGAGCGAGGGGCAGCCACAACAGCCCCAGCAGCCGCAGCAACAGCAACCGGAAAGGCCCAUUCAAUACCGAUUGGACAUACAGAUAUACACGGGCGGCGAGCAACAGGAGAGAAGAGACCGCGACUGGCGGCAUUAUUAGAUAUAAGUUCAAAGUUUGUAAGAUAUAAUAACCUGAUUUCCAUAAGCCAUAAGCAACGUUUUCAUUUCUCUCUAAAAAGUUCAAUUGUGUGAAUAUCAAUAUU